GCCCCAAAUUGCCCCCUCGACUAAACUUAACUUUACCCUUCCUUUCUUCCCUACUUGACUUGACACAAUAACCCUUCGCUCCUUGCUCUUCGCCUAAAUAUACCACCUAACGUCCUCCUCUGUCCUUACCAUCGCCUCCGUCAGACAAUGGAGUCUGGACUGCUAGCCUGUCCUUCCCCAGUCUGAUGUGUGCCUGGUCUCUCGUUCCCCGCUCAGCAGCCAAUGCAUGAGGACAACCUUCGCAAUGGGCAAUCUCGGUGACCUGUCACCUCAAGGGAGUGUCGCGGUUGGAGUCGUCGUCGGGUUGAUCUCGACCAGUCUUCAAGCUAUCGGACUGACCCUCCAACGCAAGUCGCAUAUCCUCGAGGACGAGAAACACCCUUACGAUUUACGACGACCGCCUUACAAACGUCGAAGAUGGCAGCUGGGUAUGCUCAUGUUCGUCGUUGCGAACAUCGUUGGGAGUACUAUACAAAUCACAACCCUUCCGCUCCCGGUACUUUCAACACUCCAAGCAUCCGGUCUCGUCUUCAACACCGUCUUUGCCACUCUGAUCCUCGGUGAAGCGUUUACAAGAUACUCUCUGGUGGGCACACUUUUGGUCUGCAUUGGUGCAUUGCUCAUCGCAAUAUUCGGUGCCCUGGGAGAGCCGGCGCAUAGUCUUGAUCAACUCCUGGAGCUUUUGCAGCGUCGAAACUUCGUACUCUGGAUGGGAGGCACAGCUCUGAUGGUGCUGGCUAUCUACGCAGGGUCCAGACUGCUCGAUUUCCUUACGUCACCGCCGCGGUCCAAGCAUACGGGGUCGCGCGGUUCUUACAGGGCACUGCAAAUGUCCCCGGGGCGUGUUCGCCUUAUACGCGGGCUUUCUUUUGGCAUGAUUAGCGGAAUACUAUCCGCACACACUCUUUUGCUUGCGAAAUCGGCUGUCGAGCUGUUGGUUCGGACUGUCGUGGAUCGCGUCAAUCAAUUCAACCGCUGGCAAUCAUGGGUCAUUCUGCUUGCAAUGAUAGCGCUGGCUCUGUCCCAGCUCUUCUACCUCCAUCGAGGGUUGAAACUGUGCAGUACCAGCAUUCUGUAUCCGUUUGUCUUCUGCAUCUAUAACAUUAUUGCUAUCAUAGAUGGUUUGGUCUAUUUCCAACAAAUGUCCCAGCUGGGAGGCUUCCACGCGGGACUUAUCGCGCUGGGGACGAUUGUUCUCCUGAGCGGAGUGCUCUGUCUGUCCUGGCGCUUAGAGGAUAUCGACAGUCACGCCGCUGUGGCCGUGUCCGGGCCCACGCAAACCGGUUUGGGUCCAGGGUUGGCCGUCCUUGAGGAACUUCCGACAUCACCAAUUGGCCUGGGACUCGACGGCGAGGAGGGAUCGGAGCGGGAGCCACUGUUACAAACAGCUCACCUUCCUCGCCGCACCCCGCACCAACGGGCACCCAGUCUACCUCUGUUACACGCACCAUUGAGCCAUCGGGACUCGACGACGUCGACAGCGGACGUGGAUCCUGCUUCCAUCUGGGCCGAACUCGAUGAUUCGGACAACGAAUACGCGGCGUUCGCCUUGCGGUCGCGUCAGCGCAAACGCGCCUCGGUUGGGCCCUUCCCACCACGACCGCGCAGCCGAAGUGGCGCAACGACCCUGCGAGAUGGUCUUCGAGGCCCACGCCGCUCCACCACCAACCCCGUAGGUCAACCAUCUGCCUGGAAUCAGCGCCGCAACCCGUACUCUCUCUUCGACCGUAAACAACGGCGAACAUCGGCU